CAUACGAGAUUUCGCAAUAGUGUCCAUUUUGAUUCUCAAGCCGCCAGAAAAGCAGAUUUAAACUCGAUAAAUGCAGACUUACGAGCUCUAAAGGCAUUCUUUGAUUGCUACAGUACGUUUUCAGAAUAUUAAGAAAUCAAGAUGCCUGCAGACACCUUCAUCUGUGGCUCGUGCCAGACCACAUUCAACGACAUCUCACUGUUUAUAGAGCACAAGAAGCAACCUUGUGAGUCGGCCCAAGAGGAAGAAAUGCAUAUCGUACAGCAAGCAGAUGAUGCCAGUACCAUGCAUAUUGUGGCUGAGGCAGUGGACACAUCACAUGAGACGGACAAAGUGCAGGAGGGCACAAUUGAGGGAGCUACCUCUGUUCAGCAUGUGCAACUUAUCCAGGUUCCUGUCUCAGAGGGCAUCAGACUAACCAAAGAACAAGCAGAGGCUGUAGUGAAAGCAGCAAGCCAGUCUGGGAGUUUGUUGGAAGGGACAGGACCGACCUUCCUCAAGCUGACCAGCCCAGUGGUCCAUCAUGAGUCAGGGGAAGCAAUACAAGUCCAACAGGUGACUCCCAAAACACCCGGAAGAAAACGAGGUCGGCCAAGGAAGGGUGAAGGGAAGAAACCUUUAGUGGUGGAAAAACCGGUAACAGAGACCAAAGAUGCUUCUGUUAGCAUUGGUAAUGAUGGAAGACUCCAUUGUCCAAGAUGCAGACGAACCUUUACAAGACUGCGACACUACAAUUCACAUCGGUGCCUCGCUAAUUCAGAAUACGUUGACAUCAGUAAGAAAGAGGCGGUGCCUGGUUUAGAGAAUGAUGCUGACAGUGGGCCAGAAAAUAUCGACUUGGACGAUGAAGUUAUCAUUGCCCGAUAUUCCCCUCGUGCGAAAAAAGUCAAGACGGAGCAUGUGCCAAGUUCUGAAGUGCUGCAGGGUCUGGACAGUGGUGAACAUGCUGAACCAAACGUGACAAUAGAAAUGGAUGGUCAAACUGAGUUAGAGGCGUCACAGUCUGUCGUCACCUACGCCAGUAGCACAACUGCAACCAUCAAAGAGAGGCCCAUAUUUGAGACAAAUGAGGAAAAGGUCGAGUUUGAACAAAAUCUGAAUGUUGACUUGAGUCAGAUCGACCACAUGUUCAAAACGCAUAUCAUUGAGCAGAAUGUGAAUGAGCAUGCUCCACCACCAGCCAAUCGGAUCUCUCCUGAGUUGACGAUCUUCUCGUGUAAUACUUGCGAUAAGGUAUUCAAGACGAUCUCCCACAUGCGGCAUCACUGCUUGAUUCACACGAACCUGAAGCCAUUCAGAUGUCCCAAGUGUACCUAUGCUUCCAACUCCAAAGGCAACCUGUACACUCACAUUAGGAAACACACCGGCCAGUUCUUCAGCUGUACCAAAUGUAAAUUCAAAACCGUCAACAAGUCACACCUGAACGAGCACAUGGGGACGCACAGUGUUCGAAAGAUCAAAUGUAGCAUAUGCAAAAAGGACUACAGCACGAAUAAAUCGUUGUACAAUCAUGUGAGAAAGUAUCACGGUAAGACGCAGGAAGGGGCAGAAUACCUGAAGGAAUUCACCCCACGCGUCAACAAGGGUCAAGCAGUCCUUCACCAGUGCCAUGUCUGCAAUAGAAAAUUCAAGAAACGAAUGGACAGGGAUCGCCAUCUCUUCAUUCAUAACAUUAAAGCCAAUCCAAACGUCUUCGCGUGUGAGUUGUGUGAUUACACGGCCAGUCGAAGAGUCUAUUUGGAAAACCAUAUCCGCAAGCAUCGCAUUAUCUAUCAGUGUGCGGCAUGCCAUGAGAAGUUCUUGAGCACGAUUCGUCUCAAUGAUCAUAUCUCUGAGAAGCAUCUUGGCGACGUUGCUCCACAACCAACUGAAAAGGAUUGGGGUGAUCUGUUUGAGGCGUCGAUUAACUGUAGUCUUUAUCUGCCAGAGCCUGACGGAAGCAUCGACCAUCUUGGCCAAGCAUAUGUUGUGAAACAUGAUGUGAAGAAUACUGAGGUAGUUAUAGAGGGAGCUAAGGAGGACACGCAAGCUCUGUUUGAGUUGAAGGAUGCGAUUGAGGAGUCAAUAGAGGAGCAGUCUGGUGAGGCUGUCGAGGUGACGCAGAUCAUCCAAGAACUCAACACGCCGCUACAGACUGAGCAAGAAGAGAUGCAAGGUACUGUUGAGGAGCAGCCUCUAGCUGGAGAUGAUGCACCUGUGGAGAUAGAGGGGACUGACGCACAAGAUGCCGUGCCCGAUAUACAGCCAGAAUCAAGCACAGAAGCUCCGGUCCAGGUUAAAGAAGAGCUAUUGGAGACUGAGGGUGCUGCUACAGGUGAUGGAGCUGAUGAAACAUGUGGUCAGGAAGAAGCUAUGGAAGGACCAGAGAGCUCCAACGAACCCGGCAUUGAGAGCAUGGAAGGCCCUGUCCCGCGUCAUCUGUUAGGCACGGAGGAUGAAGAGAGAAACCAGGACAUAUACAAUAAGUUACAGUAUCAGGCGAUGAAUAUGGAUGUGCUGACCAAGUUGCGCGAGACAUUUGGGAACCAGGAAUGUGAAUUCUGUGGGCGGUUGUUCUACUCGCAGUUGGAUUAUGAGCCACAUCUGAGGACACAUACAGGUGACAAGCCGUUUGCAUGUGAAGACUGUGAGUAUCGCUCUAUCACGCGCGAGAACCUGAAGCGUCAUUGUGAGAAGCAUCAUCAGCAUAUCUCACUCAAAUGUGACAAGUGUGACUAUGUGGCAGGAGCAAGGACGCAGCUGUGGACCCAUCAGCAUAAACACAAGGAGGCUGAGUCACCUUCCAAUAUAUGUCCCAUAUGCCAGAGCGUAUUUGCGAGUAAGAAGGCGCUUGGGGCUCAUAUCUUGACCAAGCAUCCUACGAUGAGCCGAGCGGAGGCCAAGAAGGUGACUGGUUACAACCACAGGAUGCAGGGCAAAAUAGGUCGGAGGUCUUACAAGUGUCCCUACUGUGAUAAGGUAUUCACCCGGGCUAACAGUGACCUUCAGAAGCACAUCUGGAUCCAUGAGGGCAUCAAGCCAUUCAAGUGCUCCCUCUGUCCACAUGCCUGCCGCAGUAUGAACAACUUGAAGAGUCACAUGCUCCGUCAUAGUCAGACGAAACCGUUCAUGUGUGGAGACUGUGGCAAGCUCUACAAGUCGAGGACAGCACUUCGAUGGCACAUGAGAAGUCAUCGAGAGGGAAGGAUAUUCAAAUGUAGCAGAUGCCCAUAUGAAGCAAUCCAGAAAAGUCAUCUGAAACGCCACAUGGAAACUCACGAGGUCAUCAAGAAGUACAUGUGUGAAUACUGUGAUUAUUCUGCCAAUACGUUGGGCUACAUGAAGAUCCACCACACCAAGUUCCACAAAGAUCUGCCCCAACAAAGCGUAGAAGCAACCACGUCAUCUUCAAGAGAACUGCCGCCAAACACCAAGGCAUUCAAGUGCUUGAGCUGUGAUUAUAUAUUCGGCAAUAUCUGGGACAUCAAGCGACAUUUGAAAGUGCGUCAUCACCUUCAUGUUGAGGAUAUCCGAGCUCUUGAGACGACCGAGGUGUCACGCAUCGUGCCGGCGGAUGUCGUCAGUGGCCAGGAGGCUGAGAUGGGAACAGGAGUUGAGGUAAUUGAGGUGGACAAUCUCCCUGCGGAUUCCGUGGUCCAUACUCAAACAGCUGAGGACGAUGCCCGUGAAGCUCUGGAGACGUUGCAGUACUCGACCGUCCCCACUGCUGAUAAUGAUGUUGAUGAGAAGACACAAUCUGCUGUUAACAUUUUACAGCAAAUCAUCGACAUGUCACAACAAGGCACCUUUCCAAGCCAGUCUCAACAGAUUACAGUUCAGACAGGACAAGAUGGUCAGAUCGUCUCCGUGAAUCCAGAGACCAUCAUCCUGCAGCAAGACGGCCAGGAACUCGUCGUCUCAUCAGAAGCCUCCCAAGCGUUACAAUCAGGAGAGUUUGUGAUCCAAGUGAUGAAUGAGGAGAACUGUGUCAUGGGUCAGGAAACAGUGGUCACAUCUUCCCAAGCUCUGCCACACACUGUGACCAUACCAGAAGGUGUGACGGAAGUGUUGUCUGUUUCCCCCGGGAAUGAGUUCUUCCAGACUGUACAGGAAGAUGUCAAUGUGAUUACCUCAGAGUCCAACAUUUCCAGCUAAAUAAAUCUAUCAACAUGUAAGGGUUAUAAGACUUAUACAUGUACAUGUUCAAAAUGCCCUGUUUACCAAAAUGAAUUUUGCCGCUCUCAUUACUAAUGAGAGCGGCAAAACUCAUUUUGGUUACAUCUCUAAUGAAAAUUGAAUGAGAAAUAUGGUUCAAAUGUUCACAGUUCUGUUUCUAAUCUAGACCAUGAGACUCCGGCAUGUUAGAUUAUGCAUCUAAGGUUAUGGUAUUUCUCUUGUUUAUAUAUAAGCAUGCUGAACCAUUAUGGUGUUUUGUAAGUUUGGAUUUUAUUGGGAUGUGUAUG